UAGAAAGAGAGGCUUCACCUGCUAUUGGAUCAAUCUGCUGUCAAUCACUCAGAGGUCACGCCCAUCCAAACGCCCUCAAGGAAACCUACGACACUACUGACAGCGUUUCCUACUCUUGUUUACUAACAUUUCACGCACGCUGCAAAGCUGUGGUUUGAUUCUGCUCAAACUGUCGAGAUGGCUUCCAGCUUCAGGAAACCCAGUGCCACUACGAACCAGCGGAAGAAAGCAGGUCCCAAACCUGAACUGACAGAGGAACAGAGGCAGGAGAUCAAAGAGGCGUUCGAUCUGUUUGACACAGACGGCUCUGGAAACAUAGAUGUAAAGGAACUGAAGGUUGCUAUGCGAGCUCUGGGGUUUGAGCCAAAGAAAGAGGAGAUAAAAAAGAUGAUUGCUGAUAUUGAUAAAGAAGCGUCAGGCGUAAUCACCUUCAAUGAUUUCCUUUCUAUGAUGACACAGAAAAUGAGUGAGAAGGACUCGAAAGAAGAAAUCCUGAAAGCUUUCAGGCUAUUCGACGAUGACUGCACCGGCAAAAUCUCUUUCAAAAAUCUCAAGCGAGUAGCCAAAGAGCUCGGAGAGAACCUCACAGACGAGGAGUUACAGGAAAUGAUCGAUGAGGCCGACAGAGACGGUGACGGAGAGAUUAAUGAGCAGGAGUUUCUACGGAUAAUGAAAAAGACCAGUCUGUACUGAAUCACUAAAGCUAUUACAUCUACAAGCCUCUUAAUAGACUUGAAGUGUUGUUUUGUGUUGCUUUCUUUUUUUUUUUUUUCUUUUUUUUUUACAAGGUUGUAAAAACAUUUUAAUCUAUACAUAUUUUGUACAGUAUCAAAUAAAAAUGUAUUUGCAUCCGUGUUGUCUGUUUACACAU